AUGCUUUCUCGAACUUGGCUGUCCAAGCUAUACACACGAACAUUACCAAAAUAUCAUAACACAAGCUGCCCAACAUUGACGUCACAUGAGAUCACGAGAAGGGCCAGCACAAUGGCGACUCCGAAUCGAAUACACAUCACCCCUGAAAAUACGGGCCUCCUAAAACUCUCGCAGAAUGCAGAUGCGGCCAAGACUGUGACUGAGCUUCUACAGAAGGAUCUUGAGGAGCACCAUCCCUUCUUCAACAAAGACGGCUUUCAUAACCAUAUCGUUCACCACCUGCUCUCCCUGUAUGGAACAUCCGCAGGCCCUUCAUCCCUCCAAAAGGCAUGGGAAGGCAACGCCUCGUACCAGCGGCCGGCGCAGCCGACGCACACCAGCGCGACGCCGGCGCAGCUCGCCGACUGGGCCACGGCGAAGCGGUACCUGGGCAAGGAGCAGUACUACUCUGACUUUCUGGCCUUCUUCCAGCGCGAGAUCGAGACGACGAGCGUGGCGGACGUGCUGAACCGGUACGUGUUCAACGAGGGCGACGAGCGGGCCGACGACCUGCUCAUCCGUCUCUUUGGCGGCUUCGUCCACCCGCUCAUCCAGCUCAUGUACGGCAUCGAGUGGGACCAACCCGCCAUCGUCGCCGAGGGGUUGGCUCAGGCAUGUGUGCACAGGGACGACCUGCGCGCUUUUAUGCUCGCGGCCGAGAGGCUUUCGAGGGAAAGACGGCAACCGGGCGGCGACGAAAUGGGUUCCAUCUUGUCCCUGUACGAGGCCGUCACCCGCCAUGAGAAGUUGAGCUCGGCCGCCAGGGAGGAGGAUGCCAACAAGAUGCGCGACGGCGUGCUCAGCCGCGCCGGUGAUGAGAUGGCCGCCAUGGCCGCGCGGGUCCGCGUCAGACCCGAGGAGCUGCACGACCGCACCGUCGAGAUGUUCAAUGCAGCCGUGUACGUGGCCGCUGGCGCAGCCGUCGAGAGGCCUGCCAAGCAUGCUAAGUUUGAUUUCUUUCUUAUACACCAUGUAAACGUCUCCCCGAUUCUGCUCUCCAUCAACGCCGCGUCCUGGAUUCCCACGGCCGCCAAGGUCCGGCUGCUCGAGUGGAAGAUCCGAAUCGACCUGGUCCAGUACGCCGCGCGCGCCGUGCCGGCCUUGUCCCUGGAGCGGAUCGCGGCGUACGAGGCCAAGCCCAAGGAUGACAAGUUCACCACUGCUGCUGCGUCGGGUGGCACCAGCAAUGUGAGCGACCUCGUGAGCCGGCUGCACGACCUCGACGACGAUGGCCACGCCAUAAAGCUCGUCCGCGCGGCUGCCAUCUGCCAGCAGGUUUCGCAGCCUCUGGAGGAUAAGCUGGGAGACCGGCUGCCGUUGAGGGGGAAGGAGAUUUGGAACAAGGUUCACCAUCUGAUUGUCGAUGCCGCCGAGGGGCCUGGUCCUCGGUGGGUGAGAACCACCGGGUUGGAAUCGGCUUGGAAGGAUGUUCCGAAUACGUCCAAGCUGUAG